AAAUCUGUAGAGUUGUCAACCAUUUCAACUCUACAUUCAUUUUAUUUACGCCUUCAUUUGCAGCUUUUUACAAAAGCGGAACAGAGAAGAUGAGCUAUAGUGAGAGAAGGGGGGGGAGGUUCCUCAUGGAGAGUUCCUGUGAAAUGGUGACCACAGAAAGUUUUCCCCUUCUCUGACAGACUAUAAAACCUCUGCAGUCUGACUCCUCUCUGCUCUUCCUGCCUCCUCAGCAUCUCAGAGCAAGUGUUCAACACAGCUGUUUUCCUGACUGCAGAGAUGGCAGUGCCCUGCACAAUCAUCAUGGCUGCUACAGUACUUACAGCCCUUAUGCCACCCAUCUAUUGUUUGGAGGAAACCAGAGAACCCAGCAGAGACCCACGUAGACACGGGGAGAACAUGGAAACUCCACGCAGGGACCUGCCCAUUGUGGAGGAAACCAGAGAACCCAGCAGAGACCCACAUAGACACGGAGAGAACAUGGAAACUCCACGCAGGGACCUGCCCAUUGUGAACUCCAGCUCAUUUCCACUGAACAUGGCUCCUGAUGCUGUUGAUGACAUGUACUAUGGCUGCACCGAGGAAAUGAAGAAGAAGGUCAAGACAAAGUAUUUCAAAAAAGAGAAUAAGGGAAUAUUUCAAAAAGCCUGGAAAGCAGCAAAAAAAUGUUCAACCAAAAAGAAAGACCCAGAGGAUAAGGCUCUCACCAAAGACCACAUGCUGGCAAUCUGUGCUUAUACAGCUGAGUUCAACUCUGGCUAUAAAAAUAAUGAAAAUGAUAAAAAACUUUAUGAUGAAUUUAACAAAGCAGUCCGGACCGGUAGGAGCAACUAUAGCAGCACCUUCCCAUACCAUUCUUUACAUUUCUGGCUGACUACUGCCAUACAAACCCUGAAUAGCAAUUAUCACUGUCACACUACUUAUCGAAGAACCAAUGUUACAUUCACUGGCAAUGUUAACGACAUCAUUCGGUUUGGUGCGUUUGCCUCCAGCUCUAAAAGAACAAACCUUACUCAAUUUGGUAACAAGACCUGCUUUGAAAUUGAGACCUGUUCAGGAGCUUACCUGAAGAAUUAUUCGAAGCAUCCACGUGAGGAAGAGGUGCUUAUCCCCCCCUAUGAAACAUUCAAGAUAACCAACAUUACUGAAGGUCAGGGUGAUCCACAAGGUCUAAAUGAUUGUGAGAAGGUCUUUAUAUUGGAGAGUGCAGGAGGUAAGAGUAACCUAAACUGCAAACUUGCACACAAAUGA